AACAGAUUGUUCGUUGCUCCAGAUUCCAGCAUCUGCAGUCUCUUGUGUCUCUGGUUUUGGUCAAAUUUGUUAACGGGAAAGGAAUAUACUAUUACAAGUAUAUUUAGUAGAGGUAUCAUUCAAUCGAAUCACAGUAUACAGAUUGUAGCGAGAGGAAUAAGAAACUCCAGACGUUGGAAAUUCAAAGCAAAAACAGAAAAUGCUUGAAACAUUGAGCAGGUCACGCGGAAUUCGUGGGGAGAGAAACAUUCGAUAUUUUAGGUCAAGAAACCUUGACCAGAACUGAUGCUGAGUGCUCGUAAAAUAAAUACAUUUUCUUUUGCACGCAAUCCGGCGUGGCAGCUGUAAGGAAACGACAUUUAAUCUGCAAGGUCUUCUUUCCCGCCAAAAUGAGACCCAACCCCCCCCCCCCCCCCGGCCUGGAACGUGGCCGGGGCGCGGGCGGCAGGGCGUUCCCUUUGUUUUGAUGACGCGGCGCCCGUCGCUAGGCGACGAGCCUCCCGAACAAAGGGGAAGAGGAGGAGGAGGGGGGCUGCACCGGCGGCAGGGGGUCGGUGACCCGGCGGCAAGCGAAGGGUGGCCGGCAGCCGGACUCACCAUGGCAACGGCUGGGCUCCAUUGAUCCAGUGUCGGCGACGGCCAGCGUUCGCGGUCCGGCGGGGGUGGGGGGAAAGAAAAGGAGGAAAGGAAUAAGAAUUACAGCGGGGAAGGACGCCGAGCUGCCCUACCCCGCCCCAACUGGGGGGGCCGGGGUCUCUUAAAUGUUUUAUUUCGGUGACGGGGGGGAGGAAGGAAGAUGGUGGGAGGCCUUGGCCUAGUGACCCUGACUUCGUGCCUCUUGGUGCUGUCGGGCUGCUCGGAGCCUAAGAAGACGAUGGUGGUGCUGCACCACAACGACUCGAGCGAGGCCGAGCAGCAGCACGCCGUCUGCCCGACCAUGUGCCGCUGCUACAUCAACAUCCUCUCCUGCCACCCGGAGGGGCCGGUGGGCUCGCACGCCCACGACCAGUCCUCCUCCACUUUCGAGUCGGCCGCGACGACCGAGAGCAGCAGGUCGCCCCACGACGGGUCCAGGAACCACACGGAGAACGCCACGGACACCCUCACGCAAGUGCCCACAGGAAUCCGGGGCACCAUGUCCGGCAAUGUCCUGACGCCCUUCACCGUACUGGAUUUUCGUGAUAACAACAUUUCAUUUAUAUGGAAAGACAGCUGGCUUGUUUAUCCAAGUGUAGAAUAUCUAAAUUUAAAGGGAAAUCGUUUAACAGAUCUGAUUCCAGAAUCCUUUGAAGGUCUUGCACGAUUGAAAUACUUGGAUCUAAGCAAUAAUAACAUACUGGUUUUGGGUCCUGGUGCCUUUUCACAGCUAUCAAGCUUACAUUUCUUGAAUAUAAGUGAUAACUAUUUAAGCUUAAUAGGUGAAGGAGCUUUUGAUCAUUUGAAUUCAGUAAUCUACUUGGACCUUCGUGCAACUUCUAUUUCUCUUGAUAUACUCAAAAGUAUUUUAGAAAGCACAACAAAUAUCGUCAAUCUUUAUAUAUCCCAUACUCUGAAAUGUUGCUUAUGCAAGUUUCCACAUCUGGACAAGCUUAUUCUUACAAGAAAUGUGGAGAUCAACUGCAAGAAUAUAUUUUGCACUGUAUCGCUGAUUCAAUGUUAUACAAAGGAAGUAAAGAAAACCAAUGUAUUGAAAGAUAAAGAGAGAAUUAUUGAAGAAAUGGAGGCAGUUAAAGCUGGCACAGUUUCAUCUUUACCUGGAGACAAACGUGGUGAAGGAUCUCAAAAUAAGCAAAUUAAAUUGGAACGCUCUCGAAAUUCUGGUGCACUUGCUCUGAAUUCCACCCAAUCACAACCAGAAUUAGGGCUUGAAGUUCUUAAUAAGGAUUUACAACUGGGUGAGAAACAGAGUGAGGAACUGAAAGAAGAAUUGUUGAAGAAAAACACAAUGUUAAAGGACAAAUUAAAGAGUGAGGAAUCAGCCAGGAAUACACAAAGAGAGAACCUGAAGCAAAUCAACUUGGUUAAAUUAUCUUCAAAAUCAGAACGACCAGAACUGCCUGAUGGAGGAAAUGAAGAGAAUACUUUAGGCAGAUUGCAUAAAUUGAAAGAAGCCUUGAAGUCACUCUAUCACUAUGCUUCUGAUCGAAUUGCAAACAACAGUUAUGAACAAUAUCGAGUUAAACUUGAGUCUUAAAACAGAAAGAAACAUUGUUUGAAUUUGACAGAACAGGAAAAUCAGAUAUUAAAUUGUGAUACAGUCAUUAACACAAUACAAAAUAAUUCAGUUAUUGUGGUUGUGAAAUAAUCCAAAAAUAAAUUGGGGCCAAUAUUUCAGUUAAGGUAAAUUAAUGUCUUUUAUACUUUAUGGUUGCCAGCCCAUACAAGACUGCAACAUUAUUUAAGGUUUUUCUCUAUGACAAAUAUAUUGCUGUUUCAUAUCUAAAUUAAUUGUAGCAUUUUCUUUUAAACCAAAAUGUAUCAACAUAUUUAGAAGCUUACAAUCAGCUUCCCGUUCAGUGCAAUAAAGUAAAAUGCUUGAAAAUGUUUCACUGUUGUCAUAGAAAAUUUAUCAAGGAUUCCAGUUCCAUCAAGGAAAUAAGGUUCACUUGGGAAAAUCAGAUGUGUCCUCAAAAUGUUUAAAACCGAGAGACAUGAAAUCUUCCCAAUGAAACAAAUAAGGUAGAGAACGGUAAGCAAAGAAACAAGGAGGAAGUAUGAAAUUUUGGCAGAUGAAAAAAAAAGACCUUUAGAAUUCUAUUUAUAUUGUUUAUGACACAGAGGGGAAAUAUAUUUAUGCAUGUAGAUGAAGUGUGCUUAUAAACAUUUGUGCACACUAGAUUUAUUUACUUUAAUAAAUCCAUAACAGAAAAUGCAUUUUUAAUUUUGCAGAAGGAGUUUGGGCAUCUGAUAUCAGAAAAAGGUUAAAAUUUUAAAUAGAUUUAUCAGAAGCCCAUAUUUUAAUAUUUAAAAUAUAUAUUAAAACUAAAGCUAUAAAUUUCCAAAAAAAACAUUAGUCUGCUCAACUGCUAAUCAAAUUAUUGUUAUCAGUUUGAAACAUAAAUGUUACACUUGUAUUAAAUCUGUUUCCUUGUUUGUGAAAGGAAAUAAUGGAAGGACUGAUCAAUAAUUCCUUCCUGUUACACCGUUCAAGGAUUUAAUUGUGUUCUGUUUUUCAAGUAAACAUCAGAUUCAGAAUUUUUCAUGUCACUACACAUCAUUCUAAAUGCUGAGGAAAUAUUGUUCACAAUAUACGCCUGCUUGUAAAUGUAGUAACUUAUUAUACAUACAUUGCACACAUCAUGGUAAGUGAUGUUUGUACUUUUAAACAGACUAA